AAAACAAUAAGGGCCGGAGCUGCUUCCUGCGGCUCACAUGUACACAGCACGAGAAAACACGAUGGACUCUCCUAAGACCAAUGAGUCCACCGACAGUGGCCUGAACGACUCGAACUCAAAACCCGACGACGAGGAGAAAGAAGAGCUGCUCCCCGGCUUUGGAAACGCGGAUGCUUUUGUCAAAUAUGGAUUGGGCGCCGUGUUAUCUGCCACCAAAGCAUCCGCCAGCUUACCUCAGACCGGAGACGAGUACGACUUCUAUCGCAGCUUCCCGGGAUUCCGGGACUUCUGUGAAAGUCAAGGGAACAAGCUCUUGCAGUGCAUGAGUCAGAUAAUGCAGCACCACGGCUGCAGAUCUGACCUGAAAGACCAGAACAAGCUGACGGGCCUGGAGGAGAGGCUUGACUUGGUUGUGGACUCGAACGACGUCAUCCUCGAAAGAGUGGGGAUUCUCCUUGAUGAAGCUGAUGGGGUGAACAGGACCCAGCAGCCCGUCCUGCCUGCAGGUUUUCAGCCUCCCAAGAUUGUAGUUUCCAGCUGGAAUCGCACGGGUUCAAAAUCCGGAAGUCGUUCUGAGACGUUCCGACUGCUCCAUGCCAAGAACGUUGCGAGGCCUCAGAUGAAAUUCAAGGAGAAAGUUGACAACAGCAACACACCAUUUAUUCCCAAAAUCUUCAUCAAGCCCAAUGCAAUAAAGCCUCUUCCUUCUUAUUUCACUGACAAACAAAUCCGUAAAGAGAGACCGGAGGACCUCGAUGUCCCUGCUGCGCUGGCGGACUUCAUUCACCAGCAGAGAACUCAGGAACAUGUUGAAGACAUGUUUGCACACCCCUACCAAUAUGAACUGGAUCAUUUUACCGUACCAGAAGGUCUUCUGUCUAAGCCAGAACCGCAGAUGUACAAGCCGAUGGCUGAGACCAAGUGCUCCUUUGUGGAAGCACUGGAGGAUCUGGUGGCUCUGAAUGAGAAGCUCUGCAAAGAGUCAGAAUUUGCAGUGGACCUUGAGCACCACUCCUACAGAAGCUUCCUCGGCCUCACCUCUCUGAUGCAGAUCUCCACCAGAGAGGAGGACUUCAUCAUCGACACCCUUGAGCUCCGCAGCGAGUUGUACAUCCUCAACGAGGCAUUUACUGACCCGGCAAUAGUCAAGGUCUUUCACGGCGCCGACUCUGACAUCGAGUGGCUCCAGAAGGACUUGGGCCUGUAUGUCGUCAACCUCUUUGAUACGCAUCAGGCCAGUCGAGCCCUGAACCUGGCCAGACAUUCCCUCGACCAUCUGCUCAAACACUACUGCAGUGUGGAGUCGGACAAACGCUACCAGCUGGCUGACUGGAGGAUUCGUCCCUUGCCAGAGGAGAUGGUGCAGUAUGCCCGGACAGACACCCACUACCUUCUUUACAUCUACGACUGUAUGAGGGCGCAACUGUUGGACUCGAACUACGGGAAGCCGGGCCUGCUGCAGAGCGUCUGGAACAAGAGCAAAGACAUUUCUCUGAAGAAAUAUGUGAAACCCAUAUUCACGGAGGAUUCCUAUUUUGAGCUGCAUAGAAGGCAGAAACGGUCCCUUAACACCCAGCAGCUCACUGCCUUCAGACUGCUGUUUGCCUGGAGGGACAAGCUGGCCAGGCAGGAGGAUGAAAGCACCGGAUUUACUAUGCCCACGCAUAUGAUGAUCAAGAUAUCUGAGGAGCUGCCGAGGGAGCCUCAGGGCAUCAUUGCCUGCUGUAACCCUGUACCCCCCCUGGUGAGGCAGUAUGUCAAUGAGCUCCAUUUGUUAGUGCAGCAAGCCAGGGAAAUGCCUCUCCUUAAGGCGGAGUUCGUGGUCCAGAAGACAAAAGGACUUGCACCCUUAAAAAAGACAGAGGUCACGUUGUUUGGUCCUCAUGAUACAUCCAGGGUCUCAGAGAGUGAUCUACACCGCUGUUCCACUGAUGAAAUGCCAAUCAAACAGACGAUGUUCUCUGAGGAGGACGACCGAAUGGACAUUGGUGAACAGAAUAUAAGUGGUCUCUUCGCAAAGGCUAAAAUCACACAGUUUGAGGAGCAGGAGACAAAGAAUGACCAGGGGUCCCUGUCUGGGGCUCAAAUGAAAGCAAGACGUAUCGUUGAGUCUUUUGAAAACCCUUUCAGGAUGUACUUGCCCUCAAGAGAUUUUCACAUCAACAAGACUGCGAAGUUCGAUCCAUCUUCGAAAAUAUUUGAGAUCAGUAAAAGAUGGAAACUGCAGAGUAUUGAACAGCAACAGAUGGAGUUGGAGACCAAGCAGGAGGCCAAGAGUAAAUCCAGGGAAGAAGCAAAGGAACGCACAAAGAAAGCGAACGAGGAAAGAAAAGAGGCUACGGUGAGCUACCAGGAAUCUCUCCAGAACAUUGCCACCGUUCGCCAGCAAGCAGCGGAAUCUGCAAAAGGCAGCGGAAAGAAAAGGGAGAGGGUUGCCAGUGAGGUUGGAGAGUCAACUCCCAAACCGAGUAAGAAGCUGAUGAAAUCUGCAAAGAACUCUGAGACGAAGGAACCGCCUCCCGAAGACAGCUUCAAACCCUUCGACUACAGCCAGUCAAACUUCAAAGUCUUUGCUGGUACCAAACCAAAGGACAACACACACUUUGAUCCCAAUCGGCAAGCCCAUGGUUCUAAAAAGAAGAAAACCCCCAAAGGACAAAAAUCCAAUUCUGGAGCUGGAAACCGAAGUAUGUCAUACCUUGAUGGAAAAUCCAACAGAGGAUCCCGGAAUAAUUGGCCCAAAAGAUAAACUCCUCGUCAAGUUUUUUUUGUCUUAUUUUAAAGUGUUUUUCCAUCCUGCAGAAACAAUGUUCCAAUUUUUCUUUUCCUCUUUGGGUAUUUCAGUAUUGAUGUAUGAAUUUCAAAGAGUAUUUUCUUUUUUCUAUGCAGCAGUUUAACCUGUAAAUAUGUGGAAGCACAGACUUCUUUAUAAAGGUGAUUUUAGAUGGAAAA